AUGCCGUUUGGCGGGAUUGCUUGCGACGGGAAAUGCCCACCUGGCAAUUUGUCGAAGCAGGCUGCUACCCUGGUCAUCAACAACGGACCUUCCGAGUCAAAGAAACGUGAGCACUGCCCUUCUGAUUUGCUUUUGAUUAUUAAGCCUUGGAUUGGCGUUGGCGCCCGCCUUCUCUUUAUCCACCCGUGUCCACCCGUGCAUACAGUCGUUGAUAAACGACGACCAAACCCUUGGUGCUCUCACCGCUUUCUUCUUGCUUACGUCAACCACGAGAACAGAUACAUGGCCUUUUCCCCCUGUGGACCCCGUUUGCAAGCACCACGAGUCACAUCGCCCUCCUCGACCAUGUCGCGCUUUUCGUUCGCUGCAGCCGGCCGUCGCCUGCGCAUCGCCAUCUGCGGUCCGGGUUUGGAAAUCCCCAAGCUUGAUGUCGUCUCCAACAUCAUGUACACGGGGCCUUUUCGCAUCAAAGGCAUGGUGUCCGGUCACCAGGGCAUCGGCGGCGGUGUUGAGCUGCAGCACGAAAAUGGCCGUUGCAUCGAGCUCAUCACCUUGUACCAACGCCCCCAGCAUGAGCGCAACAACCCUCAACAAGCUGGGCAAGCAAGGCUGACACACAGCGGUCUUUCUCCUGCCGCACGUGAACUGCUCUCCACCAUCGAUGCCUUUGUGUUCGCCGUCAAUGCCUCCCACAUGCUCAAGGCUGAUGCGAGCCGGGACAAUCUUCUGUUCAUUCAUCAGACGCCAGCUCAGCUCACCGCGUUUGAGGAGUACUCGGCCAUUCUGGGCCAUUCCAACGCCCCUGUCCUCGUGUUGAGCUGUCAACACCCGGGCACAACGACCUGUGCGACGCCAUCAACCGGUGUAGUAGAUACCGUGGAAGCGCUGCGCCUCACGGGUGAGUCGCGCCCUUGGCGCAUUGAGCAUCUGCCUAUUUGUGGGGCACGUGUUGCACUUAGGCGUGGCUUCGACUGGCUAGUCCAGGCCCAGCCGUCAUAA